AUGAACACAAAUAUGCACCCACGAAGCUUGGAUAGUGUCCGUUCAGGAGAAGAAGCGAAGAGUGAGAACGAAGAUAGCAACACGCGGUCCGGCGCCAUAAGCCUCAUACGUGCGCGGACUAUUUCUCGAUCAUCAACACCAAGGGAUACCCAGGAAGGCUGUUCUAGCGAGCAAGCUGACGACAGCCAACGGGCUGUUUCGAUUCCCCGGAUUGUGGUGAUGGAACCUCCUGGGGAUUCAAAGGCCAAAAGGAAUAAGAUGAAGAAGAAUAAGUACAAGAAGAAGAAACUCCUGCUAGGUGACUCCGGAAGCGAGACUUCUGGGAGCCAGGGCUCUGGAUUGAACGAGGACUUGUCUCACUUUGCACGGAUGCCGGCCAAAGGCCUGAACUCUGACGGCUGUGCAAAUAAAGAAAAGCCCAUGCCAGGCAACAAGGUGUCUCAGAGAUAUACAGUGGACAGUGACAAGAAGCGGGAUUUGAUAGACUCACUAAGCAAGUUGGACAUCAAAGGCAAGCAGCGGGCCUGGCAAGUGAACGCAGUCACAGGCAACGAUACAUUGGAGGACUUAAAUACACAGCGUGGUCCCCAACCGGUGGACAAGGCGAGAAGAACUGUGCUCGCUCCUUCAUAUGCCACGGUUCUUUCUGGAAAACGUGCCAGUAUCGAGGGUCCAUCUUCUAUGCCAAACAACAGUGAUUCCCUCCUACCGACGACCAUGGAAUUCCCCAAACUCACAGACAAGACUUCCGCCGGACAGGAUAGCAAGCCUGAAGCACGCUCCGGUCAUGCAAAGCUCUCGCCUAUUCCGGAAAUAUCAGGUGAAUUUGCAGGUGAUAACUCCAACGACAUACCGCUCAGUCAAACGGACCUAGAAACCGCAGGUUCCAGUUCACUUGACAACCCAAUCUCGACCCCUGUGUCCACAGUAUCCACUGGCUGGAGCAGCACAGCACUGCAAAUCAGCCCACAAACGACUGAGUCGUCUUCUGAACCAUCCUCGUCCAAGGCAGUCAGCCAUCGCCACGCCACAAGUCUUCACCACGCCCAUCCCCUACCACCCACACCCCCAAGUAGCACUCAUUCCCACUCCCUGUCGACAGCCAACGCUACCAUAACUAACGCCCAGGGCACCCUCUCCGCCCAGAAACCAGAGGGGUUCUUUUGGCAACUUGACAGCCACGGCUUUCCCUGUGCCAAAGCCCACUGCGAGAAACGCUGCAACCUCUGGGACGGAGCAACAGUGAUCUGUCCACGAUGCGGGCCCUACUCCGAAGUACGGUACUGCAGUAGAGCUCACCUACUUGAGGACAUCAAACCUCACUGGCUCUACUGCGGACAGAUGGUAUUUCAACACCCAUGUCGUGAAACCUCAAUCCCAAGACGAGUCCGCGCUGGACCUCCUCUCAUCCCGUGCCUGCAUCACUACGACAUGCCGGAGCGUCAUCGCCAAGCUGUGCACUUCAAUAUGAAUGCCAGAGAAGGCGAUUACUUCAUCUUCACGGACUGGCUGGAUUUUGUAACCGCCGGACUACCAGGUGAUAAAACGGCUAUACGUUGUUCGAAUAGAAUAAUGUACGUGGUCAAAUUUGAUGACGCGGCAGAGAAAGAUCGAUUCCGUCGUGUUCUGGCGGCUUGCCUCUUUAUGACCAUCGAACUCCCUGAUCUGACCGACUACCUUUACCGUCUAAUCCGCGACAAACUGCGCCUGGCCAACGCUCCCAACCACAUUGAACCCUCCCUGCGCUACCAAUUCCUGCAAGAAUUUAAUGUGACCAUCCAAGAGCGCAUCACAGGCUCUCGCCACGCCUGUGAAACAGACUGGGACGGCCGAAACCGCCGUAACUGUCAGGAUCCGGUGUGUCGGGCUGAGUAUCGUCGGCUGCUAGGAUCCGUUGGUGGAAGAGGAUACAGUCGCAUGAUUGAGACGCUCGAGUCAACUUAUUGGAUUCUGAGGGCAGCCAGGACAACGCACCCUAGUGUUAAGGAUGCGAUGAAACGUAUGAUGGGGGAGGGGUAUGAGGAGGUGGCGGAGGAAGAUAGACGGGCCUUUAGAAGGGGGAUUGGGUGGGAUGGGGCGGGUUCGGGUGAUAUGGAGAUAGAGGGGUUUAAUGAGGGGGAUGAGUAG